AUGAGUAAGAGCGCUAAGGAAGCUUAUGAUCUGUUGGAGGAAAUGGCCAUGAAUAACUAUCAAUGGCCAUCAGAAAGAGAAACCAAUAAGAAGGUGGCUGGCGUGCAUGAAUUGGAUGCCAUUUCAAUGUUGUCCGCUCAAGUGGCAACAUUAACUAAACAGUUACAGCAGAAUAACAUUCAUGCUCCGGCUCCCGUGAUGCAAAUGCAGAUUAUUUGUGAGUUAUGUGGGGGGCCUCAUUUAUUUGAACAAUGCACAAAUAGGGAUUUUAACAAUAUGCCUAUGGAGCAAGUGCAAGCAAUAGGGAACUUCCCAAGGCCUUCCAACAACCCAUACUCCAUGAGUUACAAUCCAGGGUGGUGGAAUCACCCAAACUUUUCGUGGACAACUGGGCAGGGCAGUCAGAAACAGUUUCAACAGAAUCAACCACAGUAUCCUCGACCUCCUCCUGGGUUUUAUCAGCAGCAACCAGUAAGACCUGCACAGCAACAGAUGCAAGCAAAGCAAGACGGUCAGGCUGAUGUGUUAACUCAAUUUAUGACUGAAACGAGAUCAUCAAUUUGGAGCUUGGAAACUCAGAUUGGACAGUUGGCUAUGCUUAUGGAAAACCGAGCUCAAGGGAACUUGCCAAGCACUACUGAGGUGAAUCCAAAGGGGAAUCCUAACGAACAGUGUCAGGCGAUUACUUUGAGGAGUGGAACAGUAUAUGAGGGAACGAGUGUGGAAAAGAGAAUCGAGCAGAAGCAAGAUCAACAGGCACCCAAUGUUGAGGACAAGAAGACUUGUGAAGAGAAGGUUAAAGAGAUUCCACCAGCAAGAGAAGUGGUACCUCCGGUGUCUAUAGAUCAUCACAGAAAAAUUCCAUAUCCACAGAGACUCCAAAAGAACCGUCUUGACAAGCAGUUUGCAAAGUUCUUAGAGAAGAGAAAGAUGGAGGAUUACGAAACUGUGGCCUUGACCGAAGAAUGCAGUGCUAUUUUGCAAAGGAAGCUUCCACAGAAGUUGAGAGAUCCUGGAAGUUUCACAAUCCCAUGCACAAUUGGUAACUUUGAGUGUAAACAUGCACUAUGUGAUUUGGGAGCCAACAUAAAUCUCAUGCCCCUAUCGGUAUUCAAAAGACUUGGUUUGGGUGAGGCAAAGCCAACAACUGUUACACUACAGUUGGCCGAUAGAUCACUGGCUCAUCCGAGGGGGAUUAUUGAAGAUGUGCUAGUGAAGGUCGACAAAUUCAUUUUCCCUGCAGAUUUUAUUGUGCUGGACAUGGAGGAGGAUGCAAAUGUCCCAAUUAUUCUUGGGCGACCGUUCCUAGCAACAGGACAAGCUCUCAUAGAUGUCCAAAAGGGAGAGCUGAAACUCAGAGUCGAGGGGGACGAGGUGGUGUUUAGUGUCUUCAAGGAAAUGACGUAUCUGAUGGCUAGUGACAGUUGCUACAGUGUGGAUGUGAUAGAUAAAGCAGUUUUGAAAAGAAGGGUCAGUAGUGAUGCUUUAGAGGCAGUGUUGACUGGUGGGGAGGAAGAUGACGAUGAUGAAGAGAUGAAAGAAUAUGUAAAGUGGAUUAACUCUUACCACCCGUAUUUGAAGAAAUUUGAAGAGUUGGCAGAGGCCACCGAUCGACCAUUAACAUCCAUCUAG